GCCAACUCUGACGUCUUUUUGGCCUUUUCUCUGUUCUCGCCGGGGGCGGCUUCUGUACUUUUGGCAAAGAGUUUGACAUCUUUCAAACGUGAGAUAUAGUAUAGUUGCAGUGGUUUGCUGCGACUAUUAUGGCCGGAACCACCACAAAAACUGUACAUGAUAUUUUUCAAAGCAUGGAGUACGGACCAUCUGCAACAUCCAACACUGCCACUGCACAGGCCUGGCUGGAUAAUCAUUCCCGCUCCCUAGGUCUGUUUAUUGAUGGCAAGUUCGUCAAUCCGCUAGACAGACAGACACGCUCCUUGAUGGAUUCGAAAGGUGGUGUAGUGUGCAGCACAUUGUGUGCUCUGCAAGAUGAUAUUACACAAUGUGCAUCCUCUGCCACUAAGGGCUUUGAGACUUGGAGUAGUCUCUCCUGCUACCAGAGAUCCAAAGUGCUGCUCAGGUUGGCGAGCGCUCUGGGACAGCACGGCAGGUGUGUGAGCGAGCUGUGUGACCUCUGUCAGGUGUCCUGCUCCUCCUCUACCCUUGUCAGAAUGUUGCAGUACUACAGCGGCUGGGCUCAGCUCAGAGACACUCUCAUCGCAAACUGGUCACCACUGGGUGUGGUUUUAGUAGUUGUCUCCGAUGACUGCACAUUCUACUCUCUGAUGCUCAAAAUUUUACCAGCACUAGCCAUGGGCAACUCUGUCAUCGUUGUCCCUGGUCAAAGCACUGCCCCUCCAGCACUUUUAUUGGCUCAGCUUUUUAUGAGCUCAGGGCUUCCUGCUGGUGCUCUCAAUGUGUUAACUGGAAAUGAUGUGUCACUGGCUGCUGAUGUUGCCAAAAACUCAAGAAUCAGCUAUGUCACCUACAGUGGCAACAAGCAGGAUGGCAUCAACCUGUGUAAAGCAACAGCAGGAAUGGGUGUUCCAGUAUCUGUAACCCCAAACAUUGGCGCCACAUGUCCUAUCAUCAUAUUUGAGUCUGCUGACAUCAAUAGUGCCAUUGAUGAUGUGAUAGAGAUUGCCUUCAAGAAGAAUAAAGAAGUGCAUUGGGUGUUGUGUGUGCAGGAGAGCGUGCAGGACAGCGUGGUUGACCGUCUAAGGAUGCGAAUGGCAGGCUUGAAGUGUGUGGCACUUCCCAGUGAUGGGGCUAGGGUGCUUGUGGAUAGCGCAGUGCAAGAUGCUCAAAACAAGGGGGCAACGUUGGUGCAGUCUUGUGCUGUGCCCUCUGGUACACAGUAUCCUCCUACUGUCCUAUGUGGAGCCGCUCCUUCUUCGCCAUGUGUGGUCACGCCCUCUCCUGGGCCACUCCUUCCUCUAAUGACUUUCAGAAGUAAUACAGAAGCAGUGACUUUGGGGAAUCAUAGUCCACAUGGCCAAGCAGCAUGCAUCUGGACUGAAGACCUCACUCUGGCAUUAGAGACAUCUAAGAGUCUGUCUGUUGGCUCAGUGUGGGUGAACUCGCACCCAUUGUCUGAACCUUGUCUGCCUGUUUCUGGUCACAAAGACAGCGGCACAUGUACUGAUGGCGGCCAGGAGGGGCUGUAUCAGUUUAUGAGGCCGUCCUCUUCCCCUGUUGUUCCUCGCACUUCCCCAGUUGCUCUGCAUUAUGCAAAUUUUGGAACUGACGCACCUCAAGUUAUCAUUCCGGAUGAGACCGCCGGUCCUCUGAAGUCCUACUCGCAUUAUAUUGGUGGCAAGGCCUGCAAAUCGGAGUCUGGUUCUAGUAUGGCAGUGCAUCCACAAGGAGGCAGCAGCGUGUUAGGCUACUUUCCCAGCGGAGGCCAGAAGGAUGUCAGGAAUGCUGUGGAGGCAGCUAUCAAAGUUCAGCCAGGCUGGAUGAAAAAGAGUCCCAUGGCGCGCGCCCAGUCCAUUCAGUCCUUGGCCAAAGGUCUUGAAGGAAAAAGGCAGGAUUUAGCAACUUCGAUCAGUACACAAACUGGCCUACCUAAAGAGGAGGCUGAUAUGGAGGUGGAGCUCAGCAUCACAAGGCUCAGUGAUUGGGCAGCAUACUGUGACAAGAUUCAUGGCGGAAUUCUGCCUUUACCACAGUCUGGCUCAGGAUUUUCCAUCCCUGAAGCACUGGGAGUGGUGGGGGUGGUCCUUCCCGACAAGCAGCCCCUCCUCGCCAUGGUAACACUUCUUGGAGCAGCCCUCGCCUCUGGCAAUGCCAUCAUUAUGGUACCCAGUCAGGAGUAUCCACUGCCAGCUUUGACAUUUAUUCAGGUGCUCAUUUCCUCAGAUCUGCCACCAGGCUUGGUAAACAUCAUUACAGGAAGAAGGGACCAGUUGACAAAGGCUUUGGCCAACCACAGUGUCAUCAAAGCCAUCUGGUACUGGGGGAACAAUGAGGGUUGCCAAUACCUCCAAUACACCUGUACCAGCCCGCUGAAAACACUGCGUCUCCUCUGCCAAACAGACAAGGAUGGGAAUCAUAGCGGCCAAGACUGGUCUUACAACUCCGUACUGGAAGAGUUGUGGAGAAAUUCCGUUCAGUGGAAGAGUGUGUGGAUUCCUACAGCAUAAAAAGACAAGAAGAGUAUCAGAUGACGAAAAAAAGACACUUUGGCUGCAGGGUUCACUAUGCUAAGCGGGUUUCGAAUUCACAAAACAUUUGAAAGUGAACUGGUUUCUGGGAAAAAUAUUGUUUAACACAUACUGUAUUUGAUGUAAAUUACUACAACUAAAGUGAGUGUGCCAUUUGCGACAAUAGACAUCUAAUCCAUUUAAAUGUAAACUCCCAGUUCAAAUGGAUUGGAUGUCUACGAGUGUCGAACUAACUGAAAUUUACAGCAGAAGGAUGAAAAGAGCCACAUGAUUGUAGGUCUAACAUCAUCAAUUGCACUGAAAGUGCAUAGGCAGAGUUUGACUUUUGGGGCAGGGGGGGGCACAACAUGUUGAUGACCAUAACCCCGAAAUGCGGUGUCAGCAAUAAAAUUAACUCAUAAGAAUAUUUAUAAUAAGUUGACAAUGAGCAAUUUUUGUUUCCCAUCAUUCUUGAGGGGAAUUUUAAAUUAGGCUGCUUAGGCAGUACUUUUCGCCAAGAUUGUCAUCCAUUGAAUAUGGUACGCCUGCCGGUGUCGUGACAAUAGAGUUACCCCAGUGAAAAAUUGUAUCCCCUGGGCGGAGCCAUAUGAAGGUAGAUUUGUGUCUUUAAUUAUUCAAUCAAAAAAAAGUUGCUUCAAUAGAAAAAUAAGUUGCUUCAAUCAAAAUAUACAGUAUAUUUUCAACCCAAAAGAAAGCCGCUUCAAUCAAAAAAAAAUGUGUUUGAAUGCAAAAAUAAAUUUGAAACUCAAAAAACUAAAAAAAAAAAAAAUGCAUGUGAAAGGUAUUUUUCUUUCUUUU